AGAAGAGAAGUACUGCAAACAAAGCAGCGAGAAAUGGAAGCAAGCCGCACAAAUUACUCUUCUAAGGAAAAGAGGUACCACUUGAAAAUGGUAGAACAGGACGAACGCGAAAAAGCGAAAAGAGAUGCCAGCGAUGCUCUAUGCGCAGAGCAAGAAAUCAGGGAAAACACAGAAUUUGACUCAUGGAAAGACCUCUUCACUCUUGAAAGCAAGGGCGCAGCAGAGACCCUGAUACGAGAAGAGUCUUGCGACUUACUGCAGGAGUUUAUCGACCACAUCAUGGCGAGUAAAGUAACUGUUCUGGAAGAGCUAGCUGCCGAUUUCGGGCUUCGAACCCAAGACGCGGUGUGUCGAGUGCAAGCGCUGGAAUAUAUGGGGCGUAUCACUGGAGUGUUGGAUGACAGGGGUAAGUUUAUUUUUGUUUCACACAAAGAAUUGAGACAGGUUGCAGACUAUAUGAAAAGGAGAGGCCGCACUCCCAUUUCGGAUCUAGCGAAACAGUCAAAUGACUUUGUAGAAAUACGAAAGAUUUGA